CGCACUCGGACGGUUAGCGCCCCCCCCUUGUGGCCGGAGGCCGCACGCGCCGUUGCCACACAGCAAAAUGAGACAGAAAAAAUGGCGGAGCUCAGGAGAAUAUGUCCCGGGUCUUUGCCCUGUCGCGUCAACUAUUCGCGGAAAACGUCAUUUCGGGGGAAGCUUUUUAUCCUUCUCUGCGCACUUUUAGCGGACUCCGGAGGAGCCACGACCCAUUGGGUUGUCACCGAGGAUGGAAAAAUCCAACAACAAGUUGACUCACCUUUGAAUCUAAAGCAUCCACAUGACGUUGUGAUCUUCAUGAGGCAAGAGACUCGUGUGAGCUACCUGAAGAAGCUGGAGAAGCAGCUGGUGGAGCAGAAGAUUCACAUUGAGGAGAAUGAGGAUAGAGACACUGGGCUGGAGCAGAGGCACUACAAAGAGGAUCCAGACUGUGUCAUGGCUAAGGUGCCCCUCGGAGACCUGGACCUAUAUGAUGGCACUUACAUUUCCCUUGAAAGCAAAGACAUCGGCCCUGAUGACUAUGUCGAUUCCCGGUCAGCUCUGCCCCCUGAUCUAGAAAAGCCAGACUGUGCAAAAGCCUUUGAACUACCUUAUAGUAUCCAUGCUUUCCAACAUCUCAGGGGUGUGCAGGAGAGGGCAAACUUGACCUCCCCACUGCUCUCUAAGGAGGAUCCGAUUUUUACUUCAUUGUCUCACAAGCUAGGCCGCAGCGUUGACGAGGUGGGCCAUCGCAUCCAUCAAGAGUUACUGAGGAAUUCGUCAUCCUGGGUGCUGUACAACAUGGCGUCUUUUUACUGGCGCAUGAAGAACGAGCCUCAGAGGGCCGUCGACUGCGUGGUGCGCGCGCUGCAUUUCUCCCCCAGGCAGCACAAGGACGUGGCCCUGGUCAACAUGGCCAACGUCCUGCACCGCGCCCAUUUCUCGGCAGACGCAGCCAUUCUCGCCCACGCUGCCUUGGACCUCACGUCGGAUCUCUUCACCAGCCACUACACCCUGGGCAACAUCUACGCCAUGCUCGGGGAAUACAACCACUCCGUGCUGUGCUACGAGCAGGCGCUGCAGGCCCAGCCGGGCUUCGAGCAGGCACUGAGGAGGAAACACUCUGUGCUGUGUCAGCAGAAGUUGGAGCAGCGCCUGGAAGCCCAGCACAGAUCCCUACAGCGGACACUGAACGAGCUGAAGGAGUACCAGAAGCAGCACGACCACUACCUUCGCCAGCAGGAGGCGCUGGACAAACACAAGCUGCUGCAGGAAGAGCAGAUCCUGCGCAACAUUAUCCACGAGACCCAAAUGGCCAAGGAAGCCCAGCUCGGGAACCAUCAGAUGUGUCGUCUGGGUCAGCAGCAGCGGAGCCUCUACUGCCCCUUCGACCUGCCUGUGCGCUAUCACCGUGGCGAUCUGUUCGAGCAUGUGGACUAUGUUCAGUUCGGGGAGAAGGUGUCAGUGGCCUCCAGCGUGGCCCUCGAAGCCGAGCGCAACUCCACCCAGACGGGGGCCAGCCCCCAUCUCCACCCGUCUGUGUCCGGAGACCAGGACCCUGCUGCUGCCCUGUGGGGCAGCCGUCAGGAACACACACAGGACAUGCAGAAGAGGUUAUGGCCCCAGAGGGCCGACUGUGCCGACGAGUAUCCGAGUGUUCCUUCUGCUCACCUGCUGCCGACCUACUACCUCCCACCUGAAACCCAGGGCCUGGGCCCAGUGGCAGCUGUCCUCUACGGGAGCAUCAUCCCUCGGACGCACACUCUGCCGGACUGUGGUCCCGCCCCCCAACCGUACCCAGCCCUCCUGCCCGCCUCACUAGACUGGCCUCUGGAAGAGAAGAAGCUUCCGGAUCCCUAUGCCUCCCAGGUGCUGCAGCUGCGUUCCGGAGGGUGGACACUGGAGCAGAUCGGCUCCAGAAUAGCUCAAGCUAUGAAACAAGGCGCCGUGCCGCGCUGGCAGCUCCACAACGAGGCGGCUCUGUUCUGGCGGGCCGAAGGCAAUGCCAGCCGCGCCCUGCAGUGUCUGCGCCAAGGGUUGAGCUCGGCCCCCUCCUCCCACCGCCACUUGUCCCUCACCAACGCCGCCAACCUGCUGCUCCACCACGGCCUGACCGCCCACGCGCAAACGCUGCUGGAGGAGGCGCUGGCCGUCAACGUGUCGGAGCCUCACACCCUGCUCAGCCUGGUGAGCGUGCAGUUGGCUCAGGGCAACGUAACGGGGGCUCUGGCUGAGUUCCGCCACAUCCUGGUGACGGCCCUCUCCUCCUCCUCGGCCUUCUCCUCCUUUGCUGGCUGUGAGCAGUGUCGCCACGGCCUGCCUCUGCUACGCUGUCUGCAGUUCUACCCGUUCCUCUAUAACCUCUCCCAGCGGCAGCCCUGCCCAGAGGGCGCCGACUGCAUGGCGGAGAAGGAGCUGGCUAUACAGCUGGAGGACUGGGAGGGCGGCGAGGACAAGCAGGACGCACCGGCCGUUUCCGACAUGGAUGACUCCAUGCUCUUCGAUAAGGUGAUCUUGGACAGCAAUGGCUCAGGCGAGGCAGCCGGACAGCAACGGGCUUCCCCGUCCGACUCGGGAGUGGCUCAAAUGCCCUCCCCCUUUGGAGGAGGAGCAGCUGAAGGGGAGGAGGAGUGGCAGCUGAAGGAGGACCUGAUGGGGGCUUUCGAGGGAGCGCUGGACGUCGGAGGCAAGCGAGGGGACCUGCGCGAUAUCCGGGUGCUUAAAAACGACCGCGUCAUGGGCGCCCGCGCUGGGGGCGGGCCCUGUUUCGGGAACUGCGAGGACGACGAGGGAGCCGAGUGGAUCACCUUCCAGGUGAAGCGGGUGAGGAAGGCGAAGGGGGACGGGAUGGAGAGCGUCGCCACGAACGACGACGGCCAGAGCGGGGAGUCGCUGCCCGGAGGUCACUCUGUGUUGGAGAUAAGCGGCCCAACUAUCCCAUCUCCAGGCCCUGCAGGCCGCUGGAGGGACUACACCAGUCUGGGCUGGCCGGGGCCAGAGGAGUGCCAGCGCACACGGAGGGUCGACCUCACCACCGUCGCCAGCACCUGGUUGGCUGUUUCCGCCAAGAACAUUGACAUCACAGAGCACAUAGACUUUGCCACUCCGCUCCAGGAGCCGGCGGCUGAACCUUUAUGCAACGCCAACCUGGCGGCCAGCAUGCACACGCUCGACCACCUGGCAGGGGUGGCCAACCGGGCCGCCAUCCACUACACGGGGGAGAGCCAGCUGCGGGAGGUCCUUCAGAACCUCGGCAAAGACAAGUUCCCCCCGCAGUCCUUUGAGCAGGUGGGAACGCGCAUCGCUAAAGUACUGGAGAAGGACCAAACGUCCUGGGUGUUAUCCAGCAUGGCCGCUCUCUACUGGAGGGUGAAAGGUCAGGGCAAGAGAGCCAUCGACUGCCUGCGACAGGCCCUCAACUACGCCCCCCACCACAUGAAGGACGUGCCCCUCAUCAGCCUGGCCAACAUCUUCCAGAACGCCCGGCUGUGGGAGGACGCCCUCACGGUGGCCCGCAUGGCGGUGGAAAUCGCCCCGCACUUCGUGGUGAACCACUUCACCCUGGCCAACGUCUACAUCGCCAUGGAGGAGUUUGAGAAGGCCAUGCGCUGGUACGAGUCCACGCUGAAGCUGCAGCCGGAGUUCGCCCCCGCCAAAGACCGACUCCGAACCAUCCAGUGCUACCUGCUCACCAAGAGGGAGCGCCGCCAGCCCUGAACCGCCAAGUCCAACUGUAGAUAACUUUUCCCCACAGCUUCUAUGUUCAAAGCCAGACCUCAAACAAUCCGAUAUCAUCAGACUUUUUUCCUUUUUUUAGGUUCCACAAAUGGGACGUGAAUAAAAACCGACUAAGUUUAUAUGCAGUUAAUUCUUCCUCAAUGUUUUGAAUUUGAUCAUAUCGUCAAUUUUUAUCAUUGUGGGUAGGUGGAACAAUAGCAGCCCCCAGCCUGAAGAUGGCGCCGUGUUUUAGAUUUUAAAAUGAAAAUACACAGUAUUUACUCAUCUCUGUACUCCGAGGUUAGGAGUUCAAACUGAACCCUCACUGUUCCUGCUUCAUCAAAUGGAUGGGGAUUCUCAAUUGUUGCACUUUUAUUUCUAUAUCAUUCCUAUUUAUAUGGGACCGACCAACUUGGAUUUGGCUCCAAGGUCAUUUAAACACAAAAGAGAGGAACUAAAACCUGCUGCUACAUUCGCUUCUUAACUUAUGCAAAAAAGGGUUUUGCCGUUGACCAUCUGUAAAACAAGAAAAAGUGGAAUCUGUAUCUAAUGUACAGUAUUAAAGACAGUGUGGAUUUCA